AUGUCUGAGAGGAGGUGCUCCCCGGAGGACGACUGCUCUUCUCUCCUUUCGCGGCUCGGGUCGGACUCUCCUCGACCUCGGAUGAAGUACGGCGGGAUGUUCUGCAAUGUCGAGGGAGCGUUCGAGAACAAGACACUGAACUUUGAGUCGUUGGGUCCGCGGCCGCAGCGAUGCCAAGCCACUUGCACCCGCAGCCGAGAUGGAGGCCACGCCGCCAGAAGAGGAGGAGGACAGACGGUGGCGUUUCCAUCUGGACACACUCGGGAAAAUUGUGGCAAGAGAGAGGUUUGUAUUAUUUCUAGUGAAUUGAAAAUACAGAUCGGCGAGAACCUGAUUGUCCCGCCCGGCGUGAAAACGGUGGACGCAUAUGGUCAGCUGGUGAUCCCCGGAGGAAUCGACGCCAACACAAACCUGUACUCACCGCAGAAAGGCCUGAACCCGGCAGAUGACUUCUACCAGGGAACUAGAGCCGCCCUGUCCGGAGGAACCACCACCAUUAUGGACCACGUGCUGGUGGAGCCGGGGACUAGUUUACUAACGGCAUUUGACCAGUGGAAAGAUGCGGCAGAGCAGAGGGCGUGCUGCGACUUCUCCCUCCACGUGGACAUCACCCGCUGGCACGAGGGGCUGUACGAGGAGCUGGAGACACUUGUCAAGGACAAAGGGGUGAACUCCUUCCUCUUCUUCAUGGCCUACAAAGAUAAGUACCAGAGCUCCGACUCUCAGCUCUAUGAGGCCUUCAGUGUCCUCCGUGAUCUCGGAGCCAUCCGUGGAAUUCCAAUAAAAUUGAUUCAUGUUCUGUUCCUGGAGAAUAAGGUUCAUGCUCAGUUUCACUGUUUGGUUACCCCGGGCGUUAACUGGUGUAAAUACAUUUUAACUGGUAUAAACUGGUUUGUGUUUCAGGAGCAGAAGAAGCUUCUCUGUCUUGGCAUUACUGGACCUGAAGGACAUGUUAUAUCGCACUCAGAAGAGGUAGAGACUGAGGCAGUGUAUCGGGCCAUCACCAUUGCCAAACAGUCCAACUGCCCGCUGUACAUUACCAAGGUAAUGAGCAAAUCUGCUGCUGAUGUCAUCGCCAAAGCCAGGAAGAAAGGUGAGGGCGUCAGCUUCGUCCUUUUGGCCUUUAAUCCAGAUUUAACAGGUUUCAUUCAGACACUUAUUUGGGGUCCUGAGCCUUCAGAGUCAUCGUUUUGUAAGAGGGUUUCCCGGCUCACCCAUCUCUACAAGGUCUUAAAUAAUCAGGCCCCAUCUUAUCUUAAUGACCUUGUAGUACCAUAUCACCCUAUCAGAGCACUUCGCUCUCACACUGCAGUUGUUGUUGUUGUUCCCAUAUCUGUUGUUCAGUUUUUUCGUAAAAACCUUCUUCCCAUAGCUUCCCUACCUACAAGUCAUAGUUACAUUCUCACCAAACCUGAACGGGACGCCGUGGAAAAAUAUAUGACCAAGGGUUUCACAGCUGGCACAUUUGCACUUCCACUUCUCCUGUAGGUGCAGGGUUCUUGUUUGUAGAGAAAAGGACAAGUCUCUUUGUCCAUCUAUCAGUUGCCAAGGUCUAAAUAAUAUCACCAUCCAAA